ACCUGUGGCAGGUAAAGGGGAUUUUAUGGAAGGUGAUGAUAACAUGAUAUCUGGAGGCUCUAGGUAGAGUCUCGCUACUCAGGAAAAUAUACCAAUGUGUUUCGGGAUAGUGACAUAUAGCAUGAAGCUGACAUUUUUACUGGUUUCUGUGCCAAGAUUGAAAGAAACUGAUACAAGUCUCCUGUAACAUGACUUCAUUCUGAGAUCCGCUGAAAACAAUUCCACAUGGAUAAAUUUUCACAUUCGUAACUGGAUUUCAAGGGAAUGAAUCUACUGACAGAGAGGAUUGGUGAAAAUAUAUUCAAGACUGAACAAAAAGUAAAAAAAGCGAGGUCUUUGACCUGAUAAGGUUACAUAUGUGACCUUGAUGAAGGUGUCCAAUAUUCGGAAAUGUAAUCUCAAUUUCAUACAUUUCUUAUCGAGUUUACAAAAAAGUGUCAUCGGUUGUACUCCACCGAAAUGUGUGAUGUAUCAACUACUGAUUUAUCAUACAAACUGAAAAUUAAUCCUCGUCUUGGAGACUGUCCUGAUCUACUAAAUCUAGGUGUCUGUAUCCAAAUCCUGACAGAAGUUUGUCUGUCAACAGCGACCUGUCAAAGUUGUUAUCACAGAUUGUACAGUAUUACCUGUGACUCCAAUAGUCUCACUCUGACACCAACACUAAGACUUUACAAGGCAUUAAGUGUUGAGCUCUUCAAGUCUGACAAUACUAUCCUGGCAACAACUCAUUUGGUCUACAGUGACUUCUUGAAGUCCAGGUGGGAUACUUGCACUUUGAUAUGAUGCAGAGCUGGUUUUCAUUUACUAGUAUGUCUUGUGUUUACUUCUAAAAAAUGUUGGAUUUUUGUGAUUUUGUUGAAAACAUUUUGGAUUUCUAAACAUAGUUUGUAUUAACAACCAAUCAGAUUUUAGGAGUACUCAGAGUGGAUUAAGUUGUCUCCCUUGAAUGGUGCUCUUUGAAGGAAUCAAGAAGUCUGAUUCGCCCAAGAACCUGAACGACAGCUCGCUUACAGUGGAUUGAAAGCCAGGAACGCAUUAGAUUGUUUGCCGAAGUAGACGUGAAGGUAGAAGACUGGUUUAAGGUGAUCAACGAUUUACGUACAGUGUUGAAUUAAAUCGAGCCCGCUCAGAGAAGCGCCUCAACGCCGCUGUAACCAGAGCCCGCCUUCGCCCCGCCCCACCAAUUUGCUCAAGCCUCCCCGGAAUCUGAUUGGAUUACGCUCGCGUGACUGACAGGUGACGUCAUUUGUCAGAGUGUCUAAUGAGCUGUGAAAGUGGCAGUCGAGGGCGAGAGCCAUGACGACUGAUAGAUGCUAGUUCGGAGGUAAAAUUUGGAUGUGCCCAAACAUCAAGGCAGUCGUCUGCUCUCCCACGGUGGGAUAUCGUCUUGUGGAAUACUUUUCACCUGUUUGUAGAGAUUCGUUUACUCGUCUACCUGAAAGCACGCUGCGUGUCAAAGGCAUGCUCGGUGUUCUGUAAGGAUAAGAAGAUUUGGACUUAUAGUUCUGACAGAACUGACCGGAGUUAAUCACAACAGAAGGACAACCGAUAUGCAUUCACUGGAAUAAUUCACUAGCAUGAGCAGAGCACGUUUGUUUUUGUGGCAGCAGACGACGAAAAAUGUGUUAGCCUGCGCGUAUUGAACAAGCAUUACUUAUUCCAAGUGAGAGAGUAUCCAAGUUAUAGCUCAGCAUGGGCAGUGACGGAGGACCCCCCUUCCUCUGGCUCGUCAUCACGGGGCUUCUCCCCCUUCUCCUGUCCCUCCCUUGUGCCCAGGGGACAGAUCAACCCAGGAAAUGUCAGGAAAUCACAAUACCCAUGUGCAAGAGUAUCGGGUACAAUAAUACCUACAUGCCCAACCAGUUCAACCAUGAGACCCAAGAAGAGGCAGGACUUGAGGUUCAUCAAUUUUGGCCUCUUGUGGAAAUUCAGUGCUCGGCUGACUUGAAGUUUUUUCUGUGUUCGAUGUAUGCGCCGAUCUGUAUGACAAAUUACAAGAAACAUCUCCCUGCCUGUCGAUCGGUCUGUGAGAGAGCCAAGAAAGGAUGCGCGCCUCUAAUGAGACAGUAUGGUUUUGCCUGGCCUGAGAGAAUGAAUUGUGAAAAUCUACCUGAAUACGGCGACAAGGAUCAUUUAUGUAUGGAUGUAAACACAACCGACACUCAAACACAAGCUCCACCCAGGGACGGUGGCUCGACAGGUAAACCUACCGACGGGUCCUUGUUCAAUCCCAGCCUCCCAAGAGAAGCGGGGGUUCAGCCCCUCCCCGGGGCCCCAACAAGGUCCACGGAAAGGGACUGCACUUGUCAAUGUCGUGAACCUCUUGUGAAAAUAAUAGAAGAUUCAAACGGCUAUUACAAUCGCAUAUCUACAGGCGGAAUUCCAAACUGCGCUGUUAACUGUUACAGUCCUUACUUCACCCAAGACGAAAGAACUUUUGCGACAUUCUGGAUCGGUUUGUGGUCAAUUCUUUGCUGCAUAUCCACCUCGAUGACAGUGAGUACCUUUUUCAUAGACAUGCAGAGAUUCAAAUACCCAGAGAGGCCCAUCAUCUUCCUAAGUGCGUGCUAUUUCAUGGUAAGUGUUGGAUACAUUAUUCGCCUGAUCGUCGGCCACGAACAGGUGGCAUGUGACAAUGAUAUGAUCCGCUAUGAAACAACAGGGCCCGCCGUUUGCACAGUUGUGUUCUUACUGAUAUACUUUUUCGGCAUGGCAUCGUCAAUUUGGUGGGUCAUACUGUCUUUCACGUGGUUCCUGGCAGCAGGCCUCAAAUGGGGACAAGAAGCGAUUGCCAGUUACUCCCAAUAUUUCCAUCUCGCCGCCUGGCUCAUUCCGUCGGUGAAAAGCAUCGCCGUGUUGGCGAUGUCGUCUGUGGACGGGGACCCUGUUGCAGGAAUAUGUUACGUUGGGGGACAAAAUAUCGAGAAUCUCAGAGGAUUUGUUCUAGCACCAUUAUUUGUGUACCUUAUCAUCGGAACCUCGUUCCUUCUCGCCGGAUUCGUUUCGUUGUUUAGGAUCAGAAACGUUAUUAAGCAACAGGGAAGAGGGAAGACUGAUAAACUCGAACGCCUGAUGAUUCGAAUUGGGGUGUUCUCAGUGUUGUACACUGUGCCCGCCACCAUUGUGAUCGCCUGUUACUUUUACGAACAGCAUUUGCGUCAGGCUUGGGAGCGGACAUGGGCCUGUCCCCCCUGCGGCAAAGAGUCCCCUGGGUCGAGGCCGGACUAUAGUGUAUUUAUGUUGAAAUAUUUUAUGUGUCUUGUUGUGGGAAUCACGUCCGGAUUCUGGAUUUGGACUGGAAAAACCGUGGACUCUUGGAGAAAUUUAUUCCAUGGGAAACUGUGCCACAAACAUUCUUAUAGUCAUCCGAGUAGAAUGAUGACAAAAUAUACCAACCCGUCCUACCAGGGUGCAAAACCCCAACCUCUAAGUCACGUGUGACUUGGGGAGACUUGAGGCGUACUGAGAUUAGAAACACGGACUUCCGGGACACUGUUUUGACCGUUGGUGCAGAAGCUGUGUGUGACGUGAAAUGCUCAGAAUACUUAAAGAAACUACUCGGGAAAUCAAGAAAACUAGAGCUAAUUCUGAGCUAUUUAUUUUCUAAAAUACUCAGAAAGUGUAUUUUACGUAUGUUGUGAGGAUAUUUUGUUUAUUUAUUACUGAACAACUUUAUAUGGUUCAUCUAGUACUUGUAUGUGGAACUGUUAUGAAACUAAUAUUUAUACUAAAGGAUAUUUUGAACAUUUGUUUUGAAAUUCUCACUAAGAUUAUGA